AUGGGCAAACAAUCAGACACCGCAUCUCCCAACCCAUCCUCCACCUCAACGCCCUCUCACCUCACCGAACCGCCCGCAUCCAUCACCCUCAGCAGCUCAUACUUCCCAAGCGACCACCACCCGCCCCCCUCCCAUCGCUACUUCGACGAAGACCCAACCGAAAUCUCCAACGACGACCUUCCCCCCCUCUACUCUGACCAUGAAGAAUUCAACUCUGUCUCCUCAGCGCCCUUCGACCCUCUCCUCCCGCAGGCCACCCGCGGUGACACCUUUGAAACCGUCCACUCGUUCCGCCACGACGAAACGUCAACCUACUUCCUGGACCCGCGCCUCGACCGCGACCCCGACUUCCUCGCAGACCACAUCCACAAACUGUCCAUGAUCCCGCCCCGGCCGUUCGUCAAGAUCGUCGGCACGCACACCGAGAAAUCGGGCGACAAGAACAAGGAGACCAAAACGAUUACCGACUUCGACAUUGAGAUCGAGCUCACGCACCUCUUGUACAGCGACAUCCGCACCCACUCUGCGUGGCGGUCCCUCAACACGGCGAGCAAUUUUGAGAAAGUGCACCGGGGCACAAUCUUCGCGACCAGGGCGCCUGGCUUCGGCGGCAGCGGUGCCAUUCCCGAAGAGGGAACACCCUCCCUUAGAGAAUGGUGUCGCCGGUACUGCGCUUCCAAAGCCACACUUAAGUCAUUCACUAUGGAGAGGAAAGUCGAAGGCUACGACUGGGAUAUGCUGCGUCGUCGAUUGGAGGGUCUGGUGCGGGCGACGAAUUACAGGGGCCGCGUGCAGAUUACGUUUCCGGUGCGCCAUUCGCACAUAUAUGUGUAUAAUGAGUGUCGUGUGAACCGGUGGCGGUUGACGAGGUGGAUUGCCAUGAUUUUCAUGUUUACGCUCUUGUUCCUGUUUACAUGGCCGGCGUUGUGGCUGUCUACCAAGAGGUGGGAGGUUGUGACGGCGGAGUGGAGGCUGAGCGAGGCGAGUGACGUGCCGGGGAGGAAGAGGUAUGUCUCUUUGAGUGAGGAGGCGUGGUAUGGGAUGUGGGCGGGGACGAUUCAGAGGGCCAUGCUGGAGAGGAGGAGGGGAUUGCUGGAUCAGGGGGAUUUGGAGAGGACGAGGGCUGGGGAGGGGGAUGGGGAGGGAGGGUUGGCGGGUGUGGUGAGGGCGGGGGUUGAGGCGAUGGGGGUUGUGAAUAGGAGUUUUGGAUGGGGGGGAGAUAGUUGUUGA